CACGUUAGGCCUCCACUUUCUUUUUCCAACUUUUAAAAAACCCCGCCUAUCGCACACAGCUUCAAAAAGAGAAGCUCAACGCCAACUUCCCCUUUCAUUCCAGACCCCAUAAGACACAUUCCCAAAUUUUCAUCAAAAGCAAAAGUGAAAAAGAUCAGUCCACCCCACCAAGCUAAAAAAAAAAAGCAUCCCAAAAAGCAAAAUCAGAUUGUCAACAACAAUUUAAUAGCAGCAUGUAUAUACACCAAAGAUCCCAUUUUUAUACUUCCAUGCUCAUGCAUCUCAGUUCUUGCUCUGCUUGGCUUUCCCAAGAACAAUGGCAGAGAUUGUUCCUGCAGAUCCGAGCACUAGUAAUUCUGCAAGUACUAGCAGCAGAAGAGUAUAUACGACAACUAAUACAAGACCCUUUACAAGAUUAAUCACUUCUGGGCGUGAUCAUGUGGUUGAGCCCUUUGACAGUGAGAAAUUGCCGGUCACUUUGGUUUCAGAGAUCCAAAAAUUUCUUCGUGUUGCUAAUCAGAUAGAACUUGAAGAGCCUCGCGUGGCUUAUCUUUGCCGUUUUCACGCAUUUGAAGUGGCACAUAACUUGGACAGAAAUUCCAGUGGUCGAGGAGUACGGCAAUUCAAGACUUCUCUGCUUCAGAGUCUUGAGCAGGAUGAAGAAAUUACAAUCAGGAAGAGGAAGGAAAAGAGUGACAUACGUGAACUUAGACGUGUUUACCGUGAGUACAAGGACUUCAUCAUCAAGCACAGUGGAGACAGUAAUUUGCAAAACAGCGAAAAAAUGAUAAAAGCCCGAGCUAUUGCUUCAGCUUUAUUCGAAGUGUUAAAUACAGUUACUACUGCAGCCGGUCCACAGGUCCUUGCCGAGAGCGAGGGCAUUAAUGCAAAAUCUGAACUGUAUGUCCCUUAUAAUAUUCUCCCUCUGGAUCAAGGAGGUGCCAGUCAAGCAAUCAUGCAGCUGCCCGAGAUCAAGGCUGCAGUUGCUGCUUUUCGUAAGGUUCGCGGUUUGCCAUUUGUUGAAGAUUUUAGUAGAAGGGUAGUUUGCCUGGAUUUGUUCGAUUGGCUCCAGUUUUGCUUUGGAUUUCAGGAAGGAAAUGUUGCAAACCAAAGGGAGCAUUUGAUCCUGCUCCUUGCUAACACUCACAUACGGAAAAGUCAUAAGGAGACAUCAGUCUCCAAGUUAGGUGAUGGAGCUUUGGACGAACUGAUGAAGAAGUUUUUCAAAAAUUAUACAGAUUGGUGCAAAUUUCUGGGGAGAAAAAGCAAUAUACAGUUGCCAUAUCUGAAGGAGGAAGCCCAACAAUAUAAACUUCUUUAUAUUGGACUUUAUCUUCUAAUAUGGGGAGAGGCUGCAAACUUAAGAUUUAUGCCAGAGUGCCUCUGCUAUAUAUUUCACCAUAUGGCAUAUGAACUACAUAGCUUGCUAGUUGGUGCUGUAAGCAUGGAAACUGGAGAACGGAUUAUGCCAGUGUAUGGAGGAGGAUCUGAGUCUUUUCUUAAUAAUGUAGUCUUUCAUCUAUAUAAAGUCAUACAUGAGGAAGCUAUGAAAAACAGAAAUGGAACAACUGACCAUUCUUCAUGGAGGAACUAUGAUGACUUGAAUGAGUUUUUCUGGUCUGAGGAUUGUUUUCAAAUAGGUUGGCCUAUGCGUCUGGAACAUGAUUUUUUCUGUAUAGACCCUUCCAGUGAUAGCAAAACAAAAAAGCCUCGGCAAUCAGUCAGGACUAAUGAAGACAAGAAGAGUCCUAAUGAAGAUGAAGAAAUGGAGGACAUCCCCAAUGAAGGACACGAAGUGCGGGAGGGAAAAUGGCUAGGAAAGACAAAUUUUGUGGAGAUUCGCUCAUUUUGGCAAAUCUUCAGAAGUUUUGAUAGAAUGUGGAGUUUCUUAAUUUUAUGCCUUCAGGCAAUGAUAAUCAUGGCAUCGCAUGAUUUAGAAUCUCCACUUGAAGUGUUUGACGCAACAGUUCUUGAGGACGUAAUGAGCAUCUUCAUCACAUCAGCAGCUCUCAAACUUAUACGAGCUAUUCUUGACAUUGUCUUCACAUGGAAAGCAAGGAACACAAUCGAUUCCUAUAAAAUCAGAAGAAAUGUGCUGAAGGUGUUGGUCCCAAUGAUAUGGACUAUCACACUACCUAUAUAUUAUAUCAAUCAUAGAGGGAAAUAUACUUGUUAUUCUACACAGAGCCAGAGCUGGCUUGGAGAGUGGUGCUAUUCCUCCUAUAUGGUCGCAGUUGCAUUCUAUUUGAUGACUAAUGCAUUUGAUAUGGUCCUAUUCCUUGUGCCUGUGGUUGGGAAGUAUAUUGAGACCUCAAACUCUCGAAUAUGCACAAUGUUGUCAUGGUGGAGACAGCCUAGGUUGUACGUUGGACGUGGAAUGCAAGAGACCCAACUUUCCCAGUUCAAGUAUACUAUGUUUUGGGUGCUUCUAAUGCUAAGCAAGGUCAUAUUCAGUUACCAAUUUGAGUGCAAUGGUGGGAGUAUUAAUUUCUUCCCGACUGUCCAGAUUAAACCUCUUAUAUCACCCACUAGACAGAUCAUGAGGAUUGGCAUAAAGAACUAUGAUUGGCAUGAGCUCUUUCCCAAAGUCAAGAGUAAUGCUGGUGCAAUUGCUGCUAUUUGGGCUCCUAUUAUACUUGUCUAUUUCAUGGAUGCACAAAUAUGGUACUCUGUCUAUUGUUCCAUAUUUGGUGGAGUUUAUGGAAUUCUUCACCAUCUUGGUGAGAUUAGGACACUGGGAAUGCUGAGAAUUAGAUUUCACUCUUUGCCAGAUGCAUUCAGUGCAUAUCUUAUACCACACAAGGAGAAAGAUAAUAAGGAAGGAAUCAGUAAGUGGUUCCUCUGCCUGAGAGAAAAGGCUUUCGAAAAGAACAGUAUUGUGAAAUUCGUUGUCCUAUGGAACCAAAUUAUUAGUAGCUUUCGUGAAGAGGACCUCAUAAGUAACAGGGAAAUGCAUUUGAUGAAAAUGCCUUUGUCAUCAGAACUGUUCUCAGGCCAAAUUCGUUGGCCUGUUUUCCUUCUGGCAAAUAAGUUCUCAACUGCAUUGAGUAUUGCAAGAGAUUUUUCGGGAAAGGAUGCUGAUCUUUUGAGAAAGAUUAAAAGAGAUGACUACAUGUACUUGGUAGUAACUGAAUGUUACGACUCGCUGAAGUACAUUCUUGAAAUCCUUGUAGUUGGGGAUUUUGAACAAAGGAUUAUAUCUGGAAUAUUGGAUGAAAUCGAGGGAAGUAUAGGGUGCUCAACACUUCUUGAGGACUUGAACAUGAGUGAAUUACCAGCUCUACAUACUAAAUGUGUUGAAUUACUCGAACUACUGGUUGAGGGAAAUGAAGAACAGUACUGUAAUGUUGUGAAAGCACUGCAAGAUAUAUUUGAAAUUGUUACCAGUGAUCUGAUGCUGAAGGGAUGUAGAACAUUGGAUUCUCUUUAUGCUCAUCGUGAUGGAGAUGAUUCUGAACUUUUCACGCACAUAGAACCACAAUUAUUUGCUUCGGCUCGUUCUAUCCAUUUUCCACUGCCAGAUAGUGGCCUUAUAGUGGACAAGAUCAAGCGUUUUCUUUUGCUGCUUACCACAAGAGAUAAAGCCAUGGACAUACCAUCAAACUUGGAAGCUCAAAGACGGAUUUCAUUUUUUGCAACUUCUUUGUUUAUGGAUAUGCCGAGAGCACCAAAAGUGCGCAACAUGUUAUCUUUCAGUGUUCUGACUCCUCACUACAUGGAGGAUGUGAAAUAUUCAUCAGAAGAGCUUCAUUCUAACAAAGAAGGCGUUUCAAUCCUCUUUUAUAUGCAGAAGAUAUUCCCAGAUGAGUGGGAAAACUUUUUGGAACGUGUUGGAACUGAAAACGUUAAUGCAUCAAAUGAUGAAAUAAAUGAGGAGGAUCUUAGAAAUUGGGCUUCUUUUCGAGGGCAAACUCUAUGCCGAACAGUUCGGGGGAUGAUGUACUAUCAGAAAGCCCUAAAGUUGCAGGCAUUUCUUGACAUGGCUGCAGAUGAUGAUAUUCUUCAAGGUUAUGAUGCCAUAGGGAAGGGGAACGAUACAUUAUCAGCUCAACUUGAUGCACUUGCGGACAUGAAAUUUACGCAUGUUAUUUCUUGUCAAAUGUUUGGUUCACAUAAAUCUUCUGGAAACCCUCAGGCUCAAGACAUACUUGACUUGAUGAUAAGGUAUCCUUCACUCCGUGUUGCUUAUGUUGAAGAGAAAGAGAAGAUUGUAUCAGAGAAAGAGAAGAUUGUAUCAGAUAGGCCUCCUACAGUAUAUUCAUCUGUAUUAGUCAAAGCUGUCAAUGGUUUUGACCAGGAGAUAUAUCGCAUAAAACUCCCAGGUCCACCAAAUAUUGGGGAAGGAAAACCCGAGAAUCAGAACCACUCAAUAAUCUUCACCCGUGGUGAAGCUCUCCAAGCAAUAGAUAUGAACCAAGAUAAUUAUAUGGAAGAAGCUUUCAAGAUGAGAAAUAUCUUACAAGAAUUCCUCCGCGAGCGAGGACCGAGGCCUCCCACAAUUCUUGGGAUGAGAGAACACAUAUUUACAGGAAGUGUAUCUUCUUUAGCAUGGUUCAUGUCAUAUCAAGAGACCAGCUUUGUUACCAUCGGCCAAAGACUUCUAGCUAAUCCACUCAGGGUUAGAUUCCAUUAUGGACAUCCUGAUUUGUUUGAGAGAAUUUUUCACCUAACAAGAGGUGGAGUUAGCAAAGCAUCAAAGACAGUAAACUUGAGCGAGGAUGUGUUUGCAGGUUUUAAUACUACACUGCGACGGGGAAAUAUCACUUAUCACGAGUAUAUGCAAGUUGGCAAAGGGCGUGAUGUUGGUCUCAACCAAAUUUCAAAGUUUGAAGCCAAAGUAGCAAAUGGCAACAGUGAACAAACUCUAAGCCGUGAUAUAUACUGCCUUGGGCGUCGAUUUGACUUCUUCCGAAUGCUCUCUUGUUAUUUCACCACCAUUGGCUUUUACUUUAACAGCCUGAUAUCAGUAAUUGGAAUAUACGUAUUCCUAUAUGGGCAGCUAUACCUGGUCCUUAGUGGUUUACAAAGAGCACUGCUUCUUGAGGCUAGAAUACAAAACAUAAAAUCAUUAGAAACUGCUCUGGCCUCCCAGUCAUUUAUCCAGCUUGGGCUCUUGACAGGCUUACCUAUGGUGAUAGAGAUUGGACUUGAAAGAGGAUUCCUUAAUGCUCUUAAAGAUUUUGUUCUCAUGCAACUGCAGCUAGCAGCCGUUUUCUUUACUUUUUCUUUUGGAACAAAAUCUCACUAUUAUGGUCGAACUAUUCUUCAUGGAGGAGCCAAGUAUAGACCAACUGGCCGUAAGGUGGUGGUUUUCCAUGCCAGCUUCACUGAGAACUAUAGGCUGUACUCUCGCAGCCACUUUGUAAAAGGAUUUGAGUUGCUGCUUCUGUUGAUUGUGUAUGAUUUGUUUAGGCGGUCCUUCCAAAGCAACAUGGCUUAUGUGUUAAUUACGUAUGCAAUAUGGUUCAUGUCAAUGACUUGGUUGUUCGCGCCAUUUCUGUUUAAUCCUUCGGGUUUCAACUGGGGUAAGAUAGUUGAUGACUGGAAGGGUUGGAACAAGUGGAUUGUGCAGCAAGGUGGAAUUGGAAUCCACCAAGACAAGAGUUGGCAGUCCUGGUGGUAUGAUGAGCAAGACCAUCUUCGUCAUUCAGGGCUGGGUUCUCGGUUGAUAGAAAUCCUGCUUUCACUUAGAUUUUUCAUUUAUCAGUAUGGAUUGGUCUAUCACCUUGACAUAUCCAGGCAAAACAAAAAUUUCAUCGUUUAUGUCCUCUCAUGGGUUGUCAUUGUCAUGAUUUUUCUGCUGAUCAAGGUGGUGAACUUGGGGAGGAAAUAUUUCAGUGCGAACUAUCACCUAGUAUUCCGGCUAUUUAAAGCACUAAUUUUCCUUGGAGUUCUGGCUACCAUUAUUACUCUGUCAAUCAUUUGUGAUCUAUCUUUCAAGGAUUUGGUUGUUUGCUGUCUGGCCUUUCUGCCAACUGGUUGGGGGUUGAUAUUGGUUGCACAAGCUGUUAGACCCAAGAUUGAAGGCACUGCAUUGUGGCAUUUCACCAGGGUUUUUGUUCAAGCAUAUGAUUAUGGCAUGGGUAUAGUUCUUUUUGCACCAAUUGCUUGUCUGGCAUGGCUUCCCAUCAUUUCAGCUUUCCAGACUCGUUUCCUUUUCAACGAGGCUUUCAGUAGGAGACUGCACAUUCAACCAAUUCUUGCAGCAAAGAAGAAGAAGCAUAGAUGAUCUUAACUGUAAUCGAGUUUAAUGUACAUAAGAUCUGUACAUGCAGAAGUAAUAGGAAAAUCAUUUUCGUGUAUAGUUAGGACAACCAAUUAUGCUAUGCUAAGCUCAUUAUUUAUUCAGGGAAUAAGGAGACAGGCUUAGAUGUUUAAGCUCCUAUUGGCUUUCAAUUGCAUUCAUCCGCCUAUAACAAUGAAUUGUCCUAGUGACAAUCAUACACCUUUUACAGGCUUAAAGUGGGGACUUAAUUGUCGCAUCAAGUAUUCUUAGAACUUAAAUGAUGAUGUUUUCUUGCUGUGA